AUGAUGGCAGGCAAUAACCAGAUUUGCAUCCAACGUUGGACAACCAUGAAUGUGGCCAAGUGGCUGAAAGAAGAAGGCUUCUGUGAAUACGUGGAUGUUUUGUGCAAUAGACACAGGCUAGAUGGAAUUACACUACUGACACUUACAGAGUAUGAUUUACGAUCCCCUCCCUUGGAAAUCAAAAUCCUGGGAGAUAUCAAAAGACUCAUGUUGUCCAUACGAAAACUACAGAAGCAACAUAUUGAUGUCCUAGAAGAGCUGGGCUACAACAGUGAUAGUCAUGUUGGCACAGUGUGCCCAAGUAUUGGUUCACUGCAGAGUACAGAUUGGUUUUGUAAUGGUGAAGUACCUCGGGACUAUGAUGGACCAAUUAAUGACUUGAAUGGUGAUCAAUAUCAAUAUACAAAUGGCAAAAACAAACACUCUGCUCGAAGACUGGACCCAGAGUAUUGGAAGACAAUUCUAAGUUGUGUUUAUGUUUUCAUAGUGUUUGGCUUUACAUCAUUCGUUAUGGUUAUAGUACAUGAGCGAGUACCUGACAUGCAAACAUAUCCUCCUCUACCAGACAUAUUUCUAGAUAGUGUCCCUAGAAUACCAUGGGCUUUUGCUAUGACUGAAGUAUGUGGUGUAAUUCUUUGCUACAUUUGGUUAUUGGUUCUUCUGCUUCACAAACACAGGUCUAUACUUCUGCGAAGGCUGUGCAGCCUCAUGGGGACGGUGUUCUUACUACGUUGCGUUACAAUGUUUGUUACCUCGCUCUCUGUGCCGGGACAACACCUGCAGUGUACUGGAAAGUUGUAUGGCAAUGUUUGGGCAAAACUCCAGCGGGCUUUUGCAAUAUGGAGUGGCUUUGGAAUGACUCUGACUGGAGUACAUACAUGUGGAGACUAUAUGUUCAGUGGCCACACUGUUGUCCUGACCAUGCUCAACUUCUUUGUCACAGAAUAUACACCAAGGAGCUGGAACUUCUUGCACACCUUGUCGUGGGUCCUGAAUCUCUUUGGAAUCUUCUUCAUUUUGGCUGCACAUGAACAUUAUUCUAUAGAUGUCUUCAUUGCCUUUUACAUCACUACAAGACUCUUUUUGUAUUACCAUACACUGGCUAAUACUAGAGCAUAUCAACAGAGUAGGAGAGCAAGAAUCUGGUUUCCAAUGUUUUCUUUUUUUGAAUGCAACGUUAAUGGUACUGUUCCCAAUGAGUAUUGCUGGCCCUUUUCAAAACCUACUAUACUCAAAAGAUUGAUUGGAUGAAGAGUAUGUGGUUCCAUCCAGAUUUUUAUGAAGAGUUGCAACUAAGAUCCUACAAGGCUAGCUGGGGGAUAAUGCAAAGUAACAUUUUUUCACUCUGAUCUCCUCUUCCUUGUUUGGUUUCUUAGAUUCUUAGCCAUAAAAUGGGGUUCCCAUACUUCACAGGAAUAUGUUUUGAGUUUCCAUUGCUAAAAUAGAAAACAAUGCAGGGGCUAGUAAAGGGUAUCAGGGAACCAUGAAUGAAAAGCAGAAAGCUGUUACCCGUAGUAAGGUUCUAUGUGAAUGUUUCUGUAAGUUUAACCUCAAGUACGUGUUUGUUCAGAAUAGAUUUAUACACUUUACAGGUCCAAAUCUCCAUUACUUAAUAUGCUAGCCUGACUAAAAAAUUAGAAAUUUAUGAAGACUUUCUUUUAAAACAGUCAUAGAUGUAAUUUUCAAAACAAUCUCUGUGUAAGCUUAACAAUUGAGGAGUACUGUGUCAUAAUGAAGAAAGCAGUAUAGUUCCUUGCCAAAAGGACCUCUGAACUGCUAAAUAACAAGUCUUAAAGUAUAAUUGACAGUAUAAAUGGUCUGCAUACAGGUUGCCAAAAGUGAAAGUCUGUCUUGUGGCUAUGCAAUGAUGUUUGUUUUUGUUUUUUUUUUUUUAAAUGAGAGCUU